UGUUCGUCUUUGUUCGUCGAUAUCGUGGUGUGACGGGCCGUGCGGCCCCCUGAGCCGACUUCACCAUGUUGGUGCUGUUUGAGACGUCGGUCGGCUACGCCAUCUUUAAGGUUCUAAAUGAGAAGAAACUUCAGGAGGUUGACAGUUUGUGGAAAGAAUUUGAAACUCCAGAAAAAGCAAAUAAAAUAGUAAAGCUAAAACAUUUUGAGAAAUUUCAGGAUACAGCAGAAGCCUUAGCAGCAUUCACAGCUUUGAUGGAGGGCAAAAUCAAUAAGCAGCUGAAGAAAGUUCUGAAGAAAAUAGUAAAAGAAGCGCACGAGCCUCUGGCUGUAGCUGAUGCUAAGCUGGGAGGGGUCAUAAAGGAAAAGUUGAAUCUCAGCUGUAUCCACAGCCCUGUUGUUAAUGAACUCAUGAGAGGAAUUCGUUCACAAAUGGAUGGGUUAAUCCCUGGGGUAGAACCACGUGAAAUGGCAGCUAUGUGUCUUGGAUUGGCUCACAGCCUGUCUCGGUAUAGAUUGAAAUUUAGUGCUGAUAAAGUGGACACAAUGAUUGUUCAGGCUAUUUCUUUGUUGGAUGACUUGGAUAAAGAACUAAAUAACUAUAUUAUGCGAUGUAGAGAAUGGUAUGGCUGGCAUUUCCCUGAAUUAGGAAAAAUUAUUUCAGAUAAUUUGACGUACUGCAAGUGUUUACAGAAAGUUGGCGAUAGGAAGAACUAUGCUUCUGCUACACUUUCUGAACUGCUCCCAGAGGAAGUUGAAGCUGAAGUGAAAGCAGCUGCAGAAAUAUCUAUGGGAACAGAAGUUUCAGAAGAAGAUAUUUGCAACAUUCUGCAUCUUUGCACCCAGGUAAUUGAAAUCUCUGAAUAUAGAACCCAGCUCUAUGAAUAUCUACAGAAUCGUAUGAUGGCCAUUGCACCCAAUGUCACAGUCAUGGUUGGGGAAUUAGUUGGAGCACGGCUUAUUGCUCAUGCAGGUUCUCUUUUGAAUUUGGCCAAGCAUGCAGCUUCUACAGUUCAGAUUCUUGGAGCAGAAAAGGCACUCUUCCGGGCCCUCAAAUCUCGACGGGAUACCCCGAAGUAUGGUCUCAUUUACCAUGCUUCACUUGUGGGCCAGACAAGUCCUAAACACAAAGGGAAGAUUUCCCGAAUGCUGGCAGCCAAAACUGUUUUGGCUAUCCGUUACGAUGCUUUUGGUGAGGACUCCAGUUCUGCGAUGGGAGUUGAGAACAGAGCCAAAUUAGAGGCCAGGUUGAGGACCUUGGAAGAUAGAGGGAUAAGAAAAAUAAGUGGAACAGGGAAGGCGUUAGCAAAAGCAGAAAAAUAUGAACACAAAAGUGAAGUGAAGACUUACGAUCCUUCUGGUGACUCCACACUUCCAACCUGCUCUAAAAAACGCAAAAUAGAACAAGUGGAUGACGAGGGUGAAGUUACUGAAAAGAAAGCGAAAAAGGCCAAGAUUAAAAUUAAAGUUGAAGAAGAGGAAGAAGAUAAAGUAGUAGAGGUAGAAGAGGAAACUCCUGCGAAGAAGAAGAAGAAGAAGGAUAAAAAGAAGCACAUUAAGGAAGAACCGCUCUCUGAGGAAGAGCCAUGCACCAGCACAGCAGUUCCAAGCCCAGAGAAAAAGAAGAAAAAGAAAAAAAAGAAAGAUGAUAACUAAUAGAUGGAAACUGUCUUUUUCUCACCUGGAUACAUCACGCUUCAGUUAGGAAUAUGCCAGAGAUGCCAUCUGCUGUAUUGGAGGGGAGGUUGAGUAAAACAAAACAAAUUAUUCAUCUAUAGCUUUUCAACCCAGU